CUGCGCUGCGUUGAGUGACUCCGGGAAGGCGGCUCACUCCGCGGAGGACACGGAAGGCAGCGGUGGGGGGACUCAGCGACAGGAUGGGCAGGCUGCCGAGGCUCAGCUGCGGGACCCUCCUGGUGCCCGCCUUGCUCCUGCUCCAGGCACUCCGCAGCUGCCAGAGCCACGAAGUUGUCCUGCUAGAUUUCUCCAAGGCCCAGGGGGAUCUCGGAUGGCUCAAUCAUCCCUAUGGAAAAGGGUGGGAUCUUCUUCAGAACGUUAUGAACGAAUCCCUCAUCUACAUCUACUCCGUCUGCAACGUGCAGGAAGGCGAUCAGGAUAACUGGCUGAGGACCAACUGGAUCUACCGCGGGGAAGCCCAGCGUAUCUUCAUUGAAAUCCAAUUCACAGUCCGGGACUGCAACACCUUCUCACCUGGGACGGGCACCUGCAAAGAGACUUUCAACCUCUUCUACGCGGAGUCGGACGUCGACUACGGCAUCAAUUUCCAGAAGCGCCAGUUCCAAAAGAUUGACACGAUCGCCCCCGACGAGAUCACCCUGCUGGAGGACUUCAGCACCCGCAAUGUCAAGAUCAACGUGGAGGUGCGCUCGGUCGGGCCCCUCACCCGGAAGGGAUUCUACGUGGCCUUCCAGGAUAUCGGGGCCUGCGUGGCACUCCUCUCCGUCCGAAUCUACUACAAGAAGUGUCCCGCCGUCUUCCGCAAUAUGGCCAGCUUCCCGGAAACCAUUGCUGGGGCCGAUUCGCAAGCGCUGGCCAAGGUGCCUGGUACCUGUGUGGCAGAAGCUGUGGCAACCGAGGAGCCCUUCAUGCACUGCAACUCGGACGGGGAGUGGCUGGUGCCUAUUGGCGAGUGCCUUUGCCGAGAAGGAUAUGAAAAAGACGGCGACAGCUGCAGGGCUUGCUCGCCAGGAUUCUUUAAACAAGACGUCUCCAACAGCGCCUGCGCGAAGUGUCCCGCACACACACUGCCUUCUUUGGAAGGCUCCACUUUGUGUCCUUGUGAGGAAGGCUACUUCCGGGCUCCGAGUGAUCCGGUUUCCAUGGCGUGCACAAAGCCCCCCUCUGCUCCUCAGGGGGUGACAGCGAUCGGUCUGGGGGCUAAAGUCCAGCUGCGUUGGUCUCCGCCCCAGAACUCGGGAGGCCGCCAAGAUGUCAGCUACCGAGUGUCGUGCGAACAGUGCUGGCCAGACUCGGGGGACUGCCGAUCUUGCGACACCGCUCUCCGAUAUUCGGACAAUCCGCACAAACUCACCGGCACAUCCUUGACGGUUAGCGAUCUGGAGCCACACGUAAACUACACUUUCACCGUAGAAGCCCAAAAUGGCGUGUCCUCCUUCAGUACCCAGCGCAGCUACGGAGUCACGAGCAUCAGUGUCAAUCAGACAGAACCACCAAGAGUAACUUCAGUGACCAUGGACAGUCGGACCACUACUAGUUUAACAUUGUCUUGGACCGUCCCUCCUCGCCAACAGAGCCAUGUUUGGAAAUAUCAGGUUACUUACAAGAAGAAGAAGGAUGAAAACAGCUAUUCAGUCCUGCGCUCCGAAGGGAACUCCGUCACCCUCCAUAAGCUGACCCCUAAGACCAAGUAUCUGGUGAGCGUCCAGGCGCUGACCCAGGAGGGUCACGGAGCCCACAGCAUGGAGCACGAGUUUGAGACCCUCCCUGAAAAUCCAAAUGGUGUGAAUACGGCCGCAGUCCUCGGAGGAUCCAUUGCUGGCUUCAUCUUCAUGCUUGCUGUCAUUGUGAUACUUUUUCUCUUCCUUCGACAAAGGAAAAAGAAUUUGCGGGCCCGGCAAACUUCAGAAGAUGUUUACUUUUCCAAAUCUGAUCAGCUCAAACCCCUGAAGACCUACGUGGACCCCCACACUUACGAAGACCCCAAUCAGGCGGUCUUGAAGUUCACCACCGAGAUCCACCCUUCCAGCAUUUCUCGGCAUAAAGUGAUCGGAGCAGGAGAAUUUGGUGAGGUUUACAAAGGCAUUCUGAAAAGUGGCAAGAAGGAGAACCCCGUGGCCAUAAAGACGCUGAAAUCCGGCUACACCGAAAAACAACGCAUUGACUUUCUGAGCGAGGCAAGCAUCAUGGGGCAGUUCUGUCAUCAAAACAUCAUCCAUUUGGAAGGAGUGGUCUCCAAAUUUAAGCCUUUCAUGAUCAUCACCGAAUACAUGGAGAACGGUGCCUUGGAUAAGUUCCUACGGGAAAAAGACGGGGAGUUUUGCGUCAUCCAGUUGGUAGGCAUGUUGAGAGGAAUCGCUUCCGGGAUGAAAUAUUUGGCCAGCAUGAACUACGUCCAUCGGGAUCUGGCUGCUCGCAAUAUCCUCGUGGACAGCCAGCUAGUCUGCAAAGUCUCCGAUUUUGGUCUGUCCCGUGUCCUGGAGGAUGAUCCCGAAGCUACUUAUACCACCAGCGGCGGGAAAAUCCCCAUCCGAUGGACGGCACCCGAGGCCAUCUCUCAUCGCAAAUUCACUUCCGCCAGCGACGUCUGGAGCUACGGAAUCGUCAUGUGGGAGGUGAUGUCCUACGGCGAUCGGCCUUACUGGGAGCUCUCCAAUCAUGAGGUCAUGAAGGCCAUUAAUGAGGGUUUUCGACUCCCUGCCCCCCUGGAGUGUCCUUCUGCCAUCUACCAGCUGAUGAUGCGAUGCUGGCAACAAGAAAGAAGUCAGCGGCCUAAAUUCACGGACAUCGUUAGCAUCCUGGACAAGCUCAUCCGCGCUCCGGAGUCGCUCAAGACUUUGGCAGAGUUUGACCCUCGGAUUUCCAUCCGUUUACCCAGCACCAGCGGCUCAGAGGGAGUCCCAUUCCGAACUGUGGCAGAGUGGCUGGAGUCCAUCAAAAUGCACCAGUACACAGAGCACUUCCUAGAGGCUGGUUACAACGUCAUUGAGAAGGUGGUGCAGAUGACCAACGAGGACAUCAAGAGAAUCGGCGUGCGUCUCCCAGGACACCAGAAGCGAAUUGCCUACAGCCUCCUAGGACUGAAAGAACAAGUCACCACCAUUGGCAUUCCGAUUUGAGCUGGAGAAAUUGUAAUCCGAUUGUCGGUAGCUCCGUGGCCCUCUGCGUGGCUAUCGUUCUUUGCUUGCUCUCAGCCUAGGACCAUUCACAAAACAGACUUCCUGGUAUAUACUUGAAGUGGAGCAUCAACGGGACCCCUCCUCACCAAAGAUGCUGGCAGUUUAGUGCCUCUCUUCCCCACCCUUGCUUCACAGCCUCGUAUUUAUUGCCUGUCUUCUGAAGAAUUCGUUGGAGACGCCAAGGUGGCAUUUGAUGGUCCAGGACAGUGCCUUAUUCCUUCAAACAGAGGGGCCACGUGGCAUCCUGCCAGCCUGAGAAGUCUUGCCUGGAAAGACUCUCAGGCUACUGAAUGUUUGUAAACCCCCCCUCCCACACAGCCCUUCUUUAGUCCCCUUUCUCCAUUUUGACCCCCAAAACCCUUGACUGCAACUUGCGAUCAUUGGUCCACUGCUGGUGUGCCACACUGCUCUCCUGAUUUUUUUCUUCUUCCUGAAACCAACGCCUGCUCCUCCUUUUCACAUUCAAAUAUCUUAGGGCCGCGAUGGUGAACCUGUGGAACGCAUUCCUGAGAUGGCACGCAAAGCCCUCUCUGUUGGCACAUGUGCCAUUGCCAGCUGUCCUUCUGGUUUCUGGCCAGCUGGUCUUCACUGGCACCAAAGCAUUGGAAAGUGGCCUGAAAAACAGGCCUUUGGGGGCAUUUUGGGGCUGGUUUUGGGGCCAUUUGGGGCAGUGGUGAGUUUCAAAUUUUUUUAUAACCUCUUCUGUAGGUGUGGUCUGCUUUGUGGGAG